CAACAGCAUGGCUUUUAAAAUGAACCAGCUGGUGCUCGUAAUGGUGUUAAUCUGCUCUGUACACUCUCAGUUGCAGCUUCCGCCCGAAAGGCUUCAGGUCGUGAUGAAAUACAACGCGGAGUGUCAAAAGGAGAGCAAGGUGCCGCAGAUGAUGCUCAUGAAUACGCUGCGAGGAGAAUUCGAAGAAGAUGACAGACUGAAAAAUCACCUCUUUUGUCUGGGCAAAAGAAUGAAUUACAUCGACGGCGAGGGGAACUUCAACGAGACGGAAAUUCGCAAAGAUAUGAGCACCGGACUCUCGAAUGACAGGAUCGAAGUCGCAGUAAAGGAAUGCUUGGUGCGGAAGGCUACUCCUAUCCAGACUGCAUUCGAUUCCAUACAUUGUAUAUCUAAGGAAUACAGAUUGUGAUUGGUUUUCGCUCUAGUUACAUUCGCGUGGUUUUGAUUACAUAUAAUUAGAUGACU